CCUAUUUAUUACUUUCCCCUCCCCUUCACAUUAAGUACGAGCUCAUACCAUGUUACUAAAUUCAUUAUGUACGACACCAUAGUAGGAGCAUAAAGUUUCUCUCCUCCUCAUUCCCCAUACAUUAUCUGGAUCAUUUACCAACGCUCCAAAUCCCACUUAAAGUUAGCAAACACCGACGUUUGACUCCUGUCGUUCGAAAGAGUAUUGUGUGGAUUAUUGAAUGAAUGAAUGAGCAAUAAAAGUAGAGUUGUGUUUGGUUGCCGUGACUAGACAACUCCCUCCCUGGCACGCUCAAUUCCAUCCUAGGAAAAAGAAGGAAAAAAAACCAAUAUGGCUCUUUUCCGCCAUAUCUCCAUCUCCUCCUCCUCCUACUUGUUGCUUUUAUCAGCACUGUGUUUGGGCUUGUCAUUCGGGAGCUCUGACUCGGAUUUCUUAAAGCCAGAAUGUUUGAAAGUUCCGACUGGGGUGUUUGCGAGCUCAGUCAAGUCUACAAUCAAUGUGGUGGAGCAGGUGGCCUCCCUUGUGUCCAAAUUCGCCCCUGCAUUUGGUGAUUUUCGACUUUCUAAUGCCAUUUCCGACUGCCUUGAUCUCCUCGAUCUCUCUGCUGAUGAAUUAACCCGCACCCUCUUUGCGUCUCAGAACCCCAACGGUAAAAAUAAUGGCACAGGCAAUCUAAGUGCGGAUCUAACGACAUGGUUAAGCGGGGCACUGGGUAAUCAAGAUACGUGCAUAGAAGGAUUUGAGGGAACCAAUAGGAUUGUCCAGAAUUUGGUGGCAGGGGGGCUCAACCAAGUCACCUCCUUAAUCAAAGACAUACUCACUAACGUAGCUUAUGACGCCAAAGGCCACCGUGUUAAUAACGAUGGUGGCGGCCAUCCCCAGCAGGGGAGGAAACUCGUCAGUAAGAGGGAUGCCCAUUCUUAUCCUUACUGGUUCAGGCACGAGGAUCGGAAAAUGUUGCAAGUAGUAAAUGGGGUGUCAGCGGAUGUAGUAGUGGCUAAAGAUGGGACUGGUAACUUCACCAACGUGAUGGACGCAAUAUCAGCAGCCCCUGAUUACAACACAAGCCGCUUCGUUAUAUACAUAAAGAAAGGCGUGUACAACGAGUACAUAGAGAUCGGCAAGAAAAAAUGGAACCUCAUGAUGGUCGGUGAUGGAAUGGACGUCACAGUUAUAUCUGGUAACCGAAGUUUCAUUGACGGUUGGACCACCUAUCGCUCUGCAACAUUCGCUGUUAAAGGGCAAGGAUUCAUAGCGCGUGAUAUGACAUUCGAGAAUACAGCAGGCCCGCAGAAGCACCAAGCAGUUGCAUUCCGAUCUGACUCUGACUUAUCCGCUUUAUUUCGAUGUGCUAUAAGGGGGUAUCAGGACACACUUUACGCACAUUCGCUGCGCCAAUUCUACAGGGAAUGCCAAAUCACAGGCACUGUGGAUUUCAUCUUUGGUGAUGGCAAAGUUGUGUUCCAAAACUGCCAAAUCCUAGCCAGAAAAGGUCUUCCAAAUCAAAAGAACACCAUCACUGCUCAAGGCCGCAAGGACCCAACUGAAGCCACUGGCUUCUCUAUACAAUUCUGCAACAUAUCUGGGGAACCAGAUUUACUAGCUUCAUUGAACUCUACAUCCACAUACCUGGGACGGCCAUGGAAGCUCUAUUCGCGAACAGUGUUCAUGCAAUCGUACAUGAGUAAUGCCAUUAGGCCCGAAGGGUGGCUUGAGUGGAACGGAGAUUUUGCACUGGAUACCCUUUUCUACGGCGAGUACAUGAACUAUGGGCCUGGGGCCGGAAUAGGUAGCCGGGUGAAGUGGCCUGGUUUCCGUGCCUUGAAUGACUCGGCUCAGGUCAGCAACUUCACUGUGGCUCAAUUCAUUGUGGGUAAUUUGUGGUUGCCAUCAACCGGUGUCAAGUACACUGCGGGGUUGGUUGUUUAAUCACAGCAGAAAAAUUGCAUUUGUUCACGUAGUAUUAAUGCUUGUUUUCUCCGUCUCUUGUCUUACCAUUCCUUCACUCCUUUGCCUUUUUACUUCUUUUUUGAAACUUGGGGAAAGGACUUGUUUGAUAAGCGCGGUAGGAUGGUACAUUUUGUUCGCUAGGGUUACUGUCCCUUUGAUGAAACUUAUUUUCUUUGUCCAUGCAGAUAAAAUAAUUUCAUGUCAUGGAGAGUGAUUUUCACACUCCCCUUUUAUUAUCUAAAUGCACUCCUUUUUUUGUUGUUUGUA